UUGAUAAUCAGGCACAGUGUUAAUCACCGGUAAAUCAAAAUCAGUACACAUCCGACGGGUACAUAGAAAAAUGUAUAUAAUGCCAGAAAGUUCCGGAAUUAAUUUCAUUAAGAAAUUGGAAUGCUUGUCAGUUAUCGCAGCCUUGAUUUUGUUGACAUCUAUAAAUCCUCUACAGGACCUUUGUGCAAAUGUUGGUCCACACAAGAAUGAAACUCUUAAUAAAUUUUGUGAUUGGAGUACUUGGUAUCCAUGGAAUUGUGAAUGCUGUAGCAUGUAUCAGUUUCAAUUUAGAAAACGCGCGAUUUGUUGUGAGAAGACAGGGAAGCUACCCGAUUGUUUGCAAAAGUGUAAUUAUUCGGAGAAGAGCGACACAUCUUACAAGAAUUGCAGUACAGAUUGUACCACGAACGCUGGACUAAAGUGUCAAGAAACCGCACCUUUGAGUUUAUUUGCGUCGACUUCUUCACCAAAUUCCAAACAAGCGUCCGUUACCACAACAUCACACAUGUUGACGAACACUACACAGUCGAAAUAUGGUAAUGCUGCAAAAGCGCCUGUCGGUGUAGUCAUAGGAGCGGCGUGUGCCUCUCUGAUUGUAUUUUUAGCAAUUUUGAUCGCCGUCAUCAUAUUGUUGAAAAGAAAGACGUGGAAGCGUAGAUAAAGUGUUGAACCAGAUAAUUCAUGGAAAAAAUAACACAAAGCAAGUGAACACAAUCAUAAUAAACAGCCUACAGUUAUCAAGUUUUAUACAACUGAGAACAAUAAUGUGUGUGUUGCAUAAAACUGCCAUUAAGAAAUGCUGUAUAUGGCUUUUAUUUUUUGAUUAUCUUUUAUGUGCUUCCUAUGUGCUUUUUUAUGUGCCUACAAUUGUUAUGUAUAUACACAAUGUACAGGGGGGAGCUAGGUCCAGUGGGCA